GGUCAGGGCCUCAUCCCUCCACCGCUUCCUUCGGCUCCCCACCACUGGCAGGUUCCUCAGCUCUGGGGCAGCUCCGCCUAGCUCUGCUCUGCUCAGCACUGGUGACGGCAGUUCGCAGACUUCACCUCCGUACAUCUCCCCGGCAGACAGGAUGACGCAAAACAUGCUGACUGUGAAUGGGGUCGAUGUGGCCUCCACACUGUCCCAGCCCACCCACAUCGACAUCCACAUCCACCAGGAAUCAGCUUUGGCACAACUGCUAAAAGCUGGGAAUUCCCUGAAGGAGCGCCUUCCUCACCGCCCUUCCAAGGCCAGGAUAAGCCAUGGCCAGCUGGCACUAGGGGUGGCCCAGGUGCUGCUGGGGGCUGUGAGCUGUGCUCUCGGAGCCCUUCUCUACUUGGGGCCCUGGACUGAGCUGCGUGCCUCAGGCUGUGCCUUCUGGGCAGGGUCUGUGGCCAUUGCAGCAGGAGCUGGGGCCAUUGCUCAUGAGAAGCACCAGGGCAAACUUUCAGGCUGCGUAUCAGGCCUGCUCAUCCUGGCUGGCAUUGCCACGGCCAUGGCUGCUGUUGUCCUCUGUGUGAAUAGCUUAAUCUGGCAACCUGAUGGCUUCUUCGACAUCAGCUCUGUGUGUCAUUCUUUAGUCCCUGUCACCACCACCGCUGCGUAUCUUCAGAGGAGGCGAGGCAGUUCCUAUACACUGUGGGAGGAGGAUCGCUGCAGAAACUACAUGCAAAUGCUGAUGAACUUCUUCCUGGGAAUCCGUGCUCUGCUCCUGGCCAUCUGUGUCCUGCAGGUCAUUGUAUCCUUGGCUUCCUUGGUCAUGGGUCUUCGAAGCUUGUGUGGCCAGAGCUCCCGGGCCCUGGAUGAGGAAGGGUCAGAGAGGAAGCUACUAGGGGAGAAUUCAGUGCCUCGCUCCCCCUCCAAGGAGAAGCCCACAGCUACCAUUGUCCUGUGAGCAGCCCAAGACCUUGCCUGGACCCUGCACGUCCUUCCAGAGCAGCCCAGGGCCUGUUCAGAGGGGCACGUGCUCCCCAGGGCCCCUCCCUGCCCUGUCCCUCACACUUGCUUCCUUUGGCCCCGCCUCCUCUCCCCCCCACCCUCACCCACUCUCUCACUCAUGUCCUCAAUUCAAUGGACAGGUAUUGUCAUGUUUUCCUCAAUGCUGAUUAAAGAGAAUCAACUACAAACAAAAAUUUUGUGCAGGAAGGAUGUGGUCUCCCUUUGUUGAUAUGCGUGGUGUGUUGAUACACAAGGAAUUAAACAAAAGUUAUUUAUCUUAUGGCCACAAGGUUCCAAUAAGACUCAAUUUAAUUAUGUUCUGCUCUAUAUCCCAAGUGCAAAAACUCCUUGUUAGGAUUUCUUUCUGUUCAAUGUAAAGUGAAAAUAACCCUCAUAGACUGAGAACGUUUUUACCCACCAAGAUUGUCUUCAAGCAUCUAUAACUGGUCUUUGGGCUUUACAGAAUUAUGUGAGGCAUGGAACAAGAUUUUUCCUCCCUCCCUCCUUCCCGUCCUUCCUUCCUUUUUCUUUCUUUCUUUCUCUCUCUCUUUCUCCCUCCCUCCCUCUCUCUCUUCCUCUCUGAGAGGCAGGCUUUAUUAUGACUUAGCAGACCCACAGCAGAAGUGGCCGGGGAGCCCCCCUUUGCCCACUGCACAGUCCUGCCCCGCAAGGCUGCGCUGACAGGUGCAGAGCUGCUGGGAUGAGCGAGGCGUGGCCCCGCUGUGGGAAUUUAGAGUGGAGGGCUCCUCACUGGCCUAGUCCUUAGAGAUGUGUCAACAGGCUUGUGUAAUAAAAGGUCACAGAGAUGAGACAGAAUUAUGUUCAGAGUAUUGGACAGGGUUUGACAAAUUAUACCUGGAGGGGCAAAUCUGGUCUGCCAUCUGUUUUUAUAAAUAAAGUUUUAUUGAAACACA